AUGGCGACGGUCCACCCGUCGCGUAUGGGACUCGUUCCCCAGGACUCCAGGGACAGCUACUCCUACCAGCAACGCCGCGGCCGUUCGCCUUCUCCCAAGACACGAAGUCGCAGUCGCAGCAGGGACCGGGGCGACAGGUAUGAAGCGAGAGACAGGGAGAGAGAAAGCGACAGGGACUACGGGAGGAGAGACAGAGACACACGCGAUGAUGACAGGGACAGGGAAGACAGGUACGGCAGAGAUAGGGAUCGACGAUCGCCAGGGAGAACCAGGAGUAGGGAGAGGGAUAGAGAAGGUGGGCGGAGGAGUCCGGAGUAUGGCGAUUACAAGCGGCCUGCAGAUGAUGCGCCCGCCAGACAGCAGGAGACCAUGUAUCCUCCCAGGGGAGGUCGUCGGGAUAAUGGGCGGGGGUACGGCGGCGGUGGCUCUGACUUCCUUGAGAGUCGGCGACAGCAGCGGGAGAGUGCUACUGUAGAUAUAUGGCCGCCAUCCCCCAAAGCUCCCGCGAGAGAACUGUCACCACCCCGCGACUCCAAGUCGCACAAAAAGUCCAAGAAGCGUCGACAUUACGACAGCGACCCAGAUGAAGACUCCUCAGACGACGAAGAUCGUCGGAGGCGCGAUAAGAAGGAGCGCAAGCGCUCCAAGAAGGACAAAGAACGGGAUCGUGAAAAGAGCAGAGAGCGGAGGAAGCAUCGGUCAAGGAGCAGGAAAUAUAGUGACGACGAAGACAGCGACGGGGAUAUGAGGAGUAGGCGGAGGAGCAAGAGUAAAGAGAAGGAGCACAGGCAUCGGAGCCGGACUAAGUCAAAGUCCAAGAGCAAGAGCCGCGCUCGGAGUCUUGAGCGGGCGACGACUCCACUCACACCUGAUGAGGAAGACGAAUGGGUGGAGGCACCGCCCGCUGCUCCCGUCGUCGCGGCGGCAGGGACUAACAAUGGAGGAGGGACCGGCGCACAGGCACAGUCUUCGGGCGGAGCCAACAGCAAGGCCGCCGCUCAACAUAACUCCGACGAUUCCGACGUCGAAGUCGGGCCCCAGCCGCCUCCACGACCCGGUGGGUCGCGCAAGGUCGACGAGCGGCAGUACGGUGGCGCGCUGCUGCGCGGCGAGGGCAGCGCCAUGGCUGCGUUCUUGCAGGACGGCACGGACGUGCGCAUCCCGCGGCGUGGUGAGAUCGGGUUGACGUCGGACGAGAUUGCGCAGUUCGAGAGCGUGGGGUACGUGAUGAGCGGGAGCAGGCAUAAGCGCAUGAACGCGGUGCGGAUGAGGAAGGAGAACCAGGUCAUCAGCGCGGAGGAGAAGAGGGGGAUAUUGAAGCUGCAGAAGGAGGAGAGGGAGAGGAGGGAGGCGAUUCUGAGGGAGGAGUUCUCCCAGCUUGUGGAGGAUCGACUGAAGAGUUCAAGCUCCAAGACGAAGUCAGGGGUGCCCUGA